GUGUUCGACGUGUCACUGACGCUUUCCCCAACGCAACAAGGUUCGUGUUGGCCGUCAGAACACAAUAAUAAGACUACGGCCGUUCUCUGGCGCUUGAAACCUUAUACCGCUCGUUCAGAAGAGCCUAUCCUUAAACAUGUUCUCCGAUGAAAUCAAGACACUCCGCAGACUAGGGUUCCGUCAUCUCCUCCUACAAGUCCUCAAUUUUGCUUCGGUCAUCGCGUCAGGUUUGAUGAUAUGGAAAGGACUGGGUUUAAUCACAAACACCGAAUCCCCAAUUGUUGUUGUACUUAGCGGCUCUAUGGAACCUGCAUUUUACCGCGGAGACCUUCUCUUCCUGACCAACCCACCGACCGAACGGUAUCAUACCGGAGACAUCACUGUGUACAAGGUCCCUGGGGGCGACAUCCCGAUUGUACACCGCGUUCUAGAGACUCACGACGUGAUUGCGAAGAAAUCCAAAAGUAGUUCUAACGGUGACAUCGAACUUGCGCCCGUACAAAACCAGCUACUGUUGACCAAGGGAGACAAUAAUGCCGUGGAUGAUAUUGAGCUAUACCAAGGUCUGGAUUGGCUAGAACGUCGACACAUUGUUGGGAAAGUCCGAGGGUUUUUGCCGUACAUUGGCUACGUAACUAUCGCUAUGAACGAUUUUCCGCAGUUGAAGUAUGCUCUAUUGGGUGGUUUGGGGCUGUUGGCGCUCAUACAACGAGAAUAGACACUUUGAACGACGAAAUACAUUAUCGUGUAAUAUCAAUAAUGUUUACCCCUUUGGUUUUCUCCAUAAUUGCGCAACAAAUGGUAGGAAUCAUGGAAUC